UAUGUAUUAUCACAUUCCUUCUUUAGUGUUUAUAAAUUGCUUAGUUCUCUCAAAAAUAUACUUAAUUACCAAGCUUGACUUGUUUCAGACUGAAAACAAAUUGUUCUAAACCUUUUCCAAACUUGUAAAAGCACGAUUUAUUUCUGUCUAUUCUUGACAUUUGCCAAGUUGGAUUCCCUAGUAGCAAUUUUUUAUUAUGAUUCAAAAACUUUAUUCUGCUGUUUUGUAGUUAUGGCUGAUAGAAGAAAGCUUCAAGGAGAAAUUGAAAGAUGUCUGAAAAAAGUAUCUGAAGGUGUGGAAACAUUUGAAGAUACUUGGCAGAAGGUUUACAGUGCAACAAAUGCAAAUCAAAAAGAGAAAUAUGAAGCAGAUCUCAAAAAGGAAAUUAAAAAGCUUCAGAGGUUACGAGACCAAAUCAAGACUUGGUUAACAUCAAGUGAUAUAAAAGAUAAAAGAAGCUUACAGGAUGCUAGGAAACUCAUUGAAACUCAAAUGGAGAGGUUUAAAGUGGUUGAAAGAGAAACAAAAACGAAAGCAUAUUCAAAAGAGGGUUUGGGUGCAGCACAAAAACUAGAUCCUGCCCAAAAGGAGAGAGAUGAAAUUACUUGUUGGCUUACUUCUUGUAUAGAAUGUUUAAACAUACAAGUGGAUAAGUUUGAAUCUGAGAUAGACACCAUCAAUUUUAGCUUAAAAAAGAAGAAGAAUGAUAAAGAGAAGUUGGAUCGACUGGAUGAAUUAAAAGUUCGGAAUGGGAAACAUAAAUUUCAUAUCAAUCAACUUGAAACACUUUUGAGGAUGCUAGACAAUGGAACUGUAGAAGUAGAUCAGAUCAAAAAGAUAAAAGAUGAUGUGGAAUAUUACAGAGACUGUUCACAAGAUCCUGAUUUUCAAGAAAAUGAAUUCAUUUAUGAUGAUUUGAACUUAGAAGACCUGGAUGAUUAUUUAGCAAAACAGCAAGCAGCAUAUCAGCAAACUCAACUUGAUUUAAAGAAUGCGUUGCUAGAUGAAGAAAGCUCAGCUGCUCUAUCAAAUACUCCUACAUCCACCUGCUCUAACUCACCAAGUCACAGUCCAUGUUUAGGAAACCAUACUUUGAUCGAAAACUCUGUUGCAAAUUCAAAUCCAGAUUCCAGUUCUACUAUUCAGAAACCUGCCUCUCCUACUAAUACAAUCAGUGUGUCAUCAGAUAAUAGUAGUCCACUUUUUCCUCACUCAAAUUUCCAUAACAGUCAACCUGUGAUAAAUUCUCAAGCAUCUUCAACACCAUAUGCAACUGCUGCCGCUGGAAUGCCCAAUAACCAUUACAAAAUGUCCAAUAAUCAUGAAAACGCUUGGUCAUCUUCAAACUCUGUUGAUGAAGAAUUUGCUAAUGAUGUAAAUACAAAAACUUUUCAUUGUUCCAAUUCAACAUCCGAUGUAACGCAUAACAAUACCAGCCAUUCAUCUAAAUCAUCUGCACCUGUAAGUAAUUCUUGGACUGAUUCCAACUAUCGAUAUAGAUUUCAAGAUGGGGAGUCUUCUUCAGAAUUGUCAUGUGAAAAUGGUGAUCAACCAGUGUUUAGUAACAGUGAUAGUCAGCUGCAUUCUGUUUCUAGUGUUCGGAAAAGUGCAAAUUCCUCUUUAAACUGCCAAAAUGAUUCAUCAAGGUCAUCAUUUGGUUCAUCAACAACAUUAAAUGCUUCGUCAAAUUCUGUGAUCUUGGAUGAUGCACAAUCCACUUUAAAAAACCUUGCUGAGAGAGCUGUUUUAAAUUCUGGUAUCAAUAAUCACAUUCAUAAUCUGCAGUUUUCAGCUAUACAAAGCAAAGGCACUCAAAUAACGCACAAUGUUUUAGGAAACAAUGUUAAUGAUGUGUACAAUGAUACUUCCUUGCCAUCUUCAUCUAACUUAUCACCUACAAUAUGUUCUGAAAUUAAUAUAUCUCAAAUAUUUGGUGAAAUACCUCAAAAUUAUUUUUCUCCUGAGCAUGCUCAGAGUUUACGUAUCCUGGAUUCAGCCUAUAAGCAUUUACCCCUUCCAAUGGAUUCUCAAAAACACAG